AUGAGAUAUACGAGCUCAAAGUUGAGAGUUCGGAGGGGCUACGUGUACGAAGUGGAAAUCACCUCAUCUAUCUCGUUGGGACUUAUUAAUACUGGUAUUAUUACAACCGACGCUCUAUCAACUGAAAGCGGGUUCUGGAAGACUUGCAAGCCAUAUUUGGUUCGAUUGUUUGAUGGGCUCUGGUCGGAUGUUACCAAGUCGUGCACCUUCAUGGUGGACCCUCUUCCAGAUUUUCCAGUCUGUGCACAGGUCCCAAACGAGUCGUUUUUGUACCGAAGUGGCAGUGGUUACUGUAUGAAGGAGAAAGUUUGUGGAGGAAAAGUGACCAUUGAAUUUUUGAAGAGCCCUGAUAACAGUUCUCUUGUCUACUCCUGGACCACAGCUGAUACCAGAGCUCUCACCGAAGUGGGCUACAUCAAAGUUGGCAAUUGCUAUGGUUACUCGAAAGUUCUGAAUCCCAACAAGGACUAUACAACAAUGAUGGAGGAGGAUGAGAAGAAUGCACAGGGGGCUCCGACCAGAAAUUUUCAUUGCAUUAAAUUGGCCAUUUUUUGUAUCUCUUACAUGAGCCGGUAUGGGCUCAAAGAUACGGCAACAAAAAACCGAUUCUUCCAGGCUGGACCCCCGAGUAUACCAGAUAUUUGUUGGGGCUCUCUCUCUCUCUCUCUCUCUCUCUCUCUCGGAAAAUUAUACUUUUUCACAGUGUAUCCUCUCAAAAUCGCCUCGACUUCCACAUUGAGUCUUAUCAAUGUUGGAUGGAUAACUACUGAAGCGUUAUCGAGUCAAAAGGGGUUCUGGAAGACGUGCAAGCCGUACAUGGUUCGAUUGUUCGAUGGACUUUGGAGUGAUCUUUCAAAAGCCUGCACACUCCUGGUUAACCAACCGAGUGGUUUCCCGAACUGCACACAAGACUACACUGGAAGUUUCCUCUAUCGCAGUGGCAGUGGUUAUUGUAUGAAUUCGAAAGUUUGUGGAGCGAACACAGAAAUUGAGUUCUAUAAAAAUGCUGAUGGAUCUUCGCUUCUCUACUCCUGGGAGCCAGCUGACGCCGCCCGUUUUACGACUCUCGGGUAUACCAAAGUUGGUAGCUGUUAUGGAUAUGGGAAGUUGGCCAAUCCGGGAAGUACAACAACGAAUCUGGAGAAUGAGCCACCAUUUUUUUGA